AUGACGUGGGAGCACUGCAAGGCGACCCUCGCCCGCAAGCUCGUGGGCCAUAUUCUACAGGUCAGGAAUCCAUACACACACUUGCUCGAAGACAUCGACGGCGAGGAUUUUGUAGAGACAUUGGCCUCGCCCGAUGCUGCUUUGAAUGCUCUGGAUCUUCCUGGAAUAGUUCGAGGUGAUAAGCCUUUCUUUACUCUUCUCCCACGCUACCGCCUGCUGGAAGACCUGGUGCAUAGCGAAGCUUGGGAUGACGCAAGAAAGCAGGUCACCACCAAAGAGCUGGAUAUAUUUUGGUGCAUCUGCUUCAACAUACUCGGUCUCCGUGGGGCUUUCUCUGGCGCACGACUGGACGCUUUGAACGGCACGUGGGUCAGGAGCUUCUGCGGCCGUAAGGCGUGGAUGUUCGUCCCACCACAGCAUCUCAGCGAAGACGAUCUGAGAAGGUUGGCUCGACACGGCGAUAACUAUAACCCUCGAGGGAAGGCCAGAACCCUGAUGAUCGAACCAGAUGAAACAUUGCUCAUGCCUGCUGGGUCGAUGAUCAUUCAUGCCGUCCUAACGCUCGAGACCAGUUUGAUGGAGGGCGGCAUGUUGUGGGAUGAGCUGAGUGUCAACAAGAUUCUCGAGAACAUGCUUUGGAUGGCUAAGAACCAGCAGUCUACGAAUAAGCCCUGGCCGAAUCAUAUUCAGGCACUGGUCAAACAGCUUGAUCGAGCAGUGGUGUCAAAUACUUCGCGCUUCACUCGUGGGCCUCAGUUUGAACGGGAGUUUCUGUCGGAAUAUGAGAAGCGGAGUUGUGAGAUACAAGCUCUACCUUGCAAAUGCAUCUCGCGAUGCGGGAAACUGUGUCAGUGUAGAGCCGAUGGCCGGCGUUGCACGCCUGAGUGUAAAGCUCAUGCUGCAAGAGAGUUGAGGUGCCUCCAGGAGACGUAG